UUGGUCAUCGAUUUGACACAAAGCUUAAAGAGAUUUUGUGUAGUGACGAGGUCAUUUAAGUCUUCCACGGCCUUUGAGAAAAAAAUCGCUGUAAAAGUUUUGAAACUUACAAAACAUUAAAUUUAAAAAUAAAUCCCUAUCCGUAUACGGAAUAAGAAUUUCGACGUAAAUAUUCUGAAUUAAAAAAAAGAACAAAACAAAAUGCAAAAUUUUGGCCACGAAGACUAUAAUUACGGUGGCGGUGGUGGUGAUGGUGGUCGAGGUUUUAAUGACGGAAUGGGAACUAAUGAAGGAAGAUCAUUACCACAAGUACCAGGUGCAAGACCAAUGGUUGAUCCAGAAGCACUUGGUGAAGUGGAUCCGUCGGUUUAUGGUGCCCCUAAAGAAGCAACACACAAAAUACGUGGAAAAAAUGAUUUUUUAGAAUAUCUAUUUGGUACUGUUGACCAAGAACUCUUAACUGUGAAAACAUUUUACUUUUUCUUUUACUCGGCAUUUGGAUCAUUAUUUCCACUCAUGGGUGUUUACUUUAAGCAAAUGGGUAUGAAUGCAGGACAGUGUGGUCUAUUGAUUGGAUUGAGACCAUUUAUCGAAUUUUUAAGCGCACCAUUUUGGGGUUCACUCGCUGAUCGAGAACCAUUUAAAUUUUACAGGUGGCAGAAAGGCAAAAUUAUUUUGUUGGCGUCAUUGGCAUGCUGGAUUAUAUUCACGCUACCUCUGGGUUUCGCACAACCGCCAGCUACGUCAUGUAUUGUUGAAAAAAAUGGUACAUGGAAAUUGGAAGUACCUGAAGUACCUAGCCGCAGCAAAAGAUCCGUUGAUAAUAAGGAUUAUCACCAGGAAAAUAAUCAUGACAAUGAGGAAGAAAACCUUGAAGUUGCUGCUAAUGUAGUUUUUGAAAGGUUGAGACGAAGUGCUGAUGAUGAUAAAGUUAUCAAGAAAUUACAUACCCGAAGUAAUAGAAUGAGAAGAGAUUCAAACGCUGCGAGUAGUACUACUAGUGGUAGUGGUGACAAUACUGAUUUGAAGUACAAACAAUUUGUCCCGCAAGAUGCACCGGAAAACGAUCCUAUGGCUAAGGAAAUCGAUUUUCGUGUUAUUGCAAAGCAAAAUCGUCCUGCUGAUGUUCUUGAGUACAAGCGAUUUUUGAAAAAUGAACCACUCGACGAAUCAAGGCCACCAAAAAAAGCUCACACCAGAACAAAAACUAGGUCAAAACCAGUUCGUCCUAAAGUUAUGGUAAAACGGCAAACCGAAUUACAAGAUGAUUUCUUCACUGGGAACCAGGACAAGCCUUACGAGACUGACAAUCAUGUGAACAUAAAAGUCAGAAAAUAUUCUAAAGCGCCAGUCUACCCGGAUGACAGUAGCGAACACGAAAAAUUGAAUGACGAAGAUGAAGACGAAGAAGAACAGCAGCGAGAAAGAGAAAUCGAGGAAGAAGAACAAGAAGACGAUGAUGAUGAAUUAGAUGAGGAUUCUGAUGAAGAAGAAGUUGACGUUCCACUGAUUCGCAGGCGUAGAAGUUUACGUUUUCCUCAUUUGCCUUUAGGUCGUAGUCCCUUACCUGUAAACUUUGCUGUCAACUAUGAUGAAAAAGAAAACAAGGAUUGGGUUAAGCCACAAUUUAGUUCAAUUGUCUACCGACUACCGGACAUUCAAAAAACCUUCUUUCUUCUGCUGCUUUUGGUUAUCGUUGGUGAAUUUUUCUCCGCACCCGCAAUAACUUUGGCGGAUUCUGCCGUAAUUACUCUUCUCGGUGAAGAUGCUGACCGAUACGGACAUCAGCGAAUGUUUGGAAGUUUGGGCUGGGGAUUAGCCAUGUUCUUCGUUGGUAUUGCAUUGGACCACAGUACAUCGUUUCCAGAACACCCUUGUGGUCCCGGGCCAAAAGAAAAAAACUAUACAAUAUGUUUUGCAAUAUUCAGCGUGUUAAUGGGUGCCGCGUUAAUAACAGCUACCCAGAUAAAUUUUAAAUAUGAGUUUAUUGCUACUGAGCCUGAGGUGGACAAAGAACCGGCAGAACCAACUCGUGAAGAGCAGCUGCAAAGUCAACUAUCUCAACAAUUAAAUCUUCCAGGAUUACAGGAUUCAUCAGCACAACCAUUACCGAAACCUCAACCACCUGAGGGAAAAACUAAAAUGUUUGCUCAAACAACUCGAGAAAUACCAGAAUGGGUCACAGUUAUAAAACAGUUCAAAGAUCUCAAGUGCGCCUCAUUUUUAUUCGUCGCUUGGUUUAUGGGUUUCGGAAUUGGAUUGAUAUUCACAUUUUUAUUCUGGCAUCUCCAAGAUUACGGUGGCACACCGACACUCUUCGGAGUUGCUUCAGUUAUCAAUCACAUUUCAGAGAUUUUCGCUUAUUUCUUCAGUUUCAAAUUAAUCCGCCAAAUCGGACACGUUAAGGUGCUUUGUCUUGGUCUAGGUGGUAAUAUCAUACGAUUUCUGUACAUAUCCUGGUUGAAAAACCCAUGGUGGGUGUUACCGUUUGAAUUCAUGCAAGGAAUAACUCAUGCUGCAGUUUGGGCAGCUUGUUGCAGUUAUAUCGCUCAUAACACUCCCCCACAGUUGCGAUCUAGCGCCCAAGGUGUUUUGCAAGGACUUCAUCAUGGUUUAGGACGUGGUUGUGGUGCUGUUAUCGGUGGAAUGUUUGUUGCCAGCUACGGAACAACUGCGACAUUUCGUGCCUAUGGUCUCAUUUGUGCUCUUGUACUUGCUGCCUUCAUCUUCAUUAACUUCUACAGAAAAGAUACAGGAUUUGUUGCGGACUUACCACAGACUGAAGAUCCACACCAGGUUGCUGAAGCAACACAUUUGGCACCACAUGGUGUACCCAGCAAUGCUAUACCACGAGCUUUAAGCUCGAGUAGACUUCAUGAGCUUGCUCAGGAUCCUGGUUAUGGUGCAACUUAUCAGACUACUGGAGGAAAUCUUAAUGUGCCGGGUGGCAAUGGCGGCUCGAAUCCAACGAAUCCAUUUUUGGGCGGCGGAGGUAAUACAGGUGGAAAUGUUGGCGGAAAUUACAAUUACGGUAGGACCUGUAAAGGAGAGGACGAGUUCAUUCGUAGGAGCUUCCAGAUUUACAGUGAAGUAGUAGGUAAUGAGUUGGAUGUAAUAAAACCACCAGCAAUUACAUCUCACCACCAUGUUCAGCAACCAUGUACUAAUCCAUUUCAUCAACACGAUUACGAAUGGUAACCAUCACAAUUUAUAAAAAUGGUUUUAAAAAAAUUAUCAACAACAAAAUAGAAUUUAUAGUUACAUUAUAUUGUUACUUGAACUAUUUUAUUAACAAAAAAAAAAUUUUAUUCCAUUACAAUUAUUACUAUUCGAAAAAAUUUUAACUGUUCAAUUAUUAGUUAAAUCCAAUUCAUUUUUUUAAUAAAAAUAGAGUUUUUAUAACUCCAUUACUAAAAACAAAGUUACAUAAAUGAAUAAGUGAAUAAAUAAUAGAAGAAAUAAAUCGAUGGAAGGGACUAAUUUUUAUAGUUUCACACAUUUUUUCAUUUUUUAAUUUAAUUAAACAAAGUAUCAACUGAGUACAUUGUAAUAGUCCAUAUAAUAACGAAUCUAACGAAGAAAUGCCAUCCGUAUUGUGAAAUAAUACAAAAUAAA